UCAGGUGAUCCACCUACCUUGGCCUCCCAAAGUACUGGGAUUACAGGUGUGAGCCACCGUGCCUGGCCUGCUAUUCUGUAAUGCUGUGAACUAUGCACAGUAGCAUUACAUUAUCCCCAUUUAACAGGUCAGAUUUGUAGAGACUAAAAAAGGAUCAAGGAGGGCCUAAAGUGGGUAUUUGGAGUGGGCUUAGAGGGUAAGUAGGAUCUGGAUUUGGGGGAAAAGAGAGCAAAAUAAAGGAGGAGAGGAAAGACCAUCUAGCUGGACUCUAAGGCAAUUUGUAGAAUUAACAGAAACAAAGAUGCAAUCAUGUUCCACUUUGGGAAGAAAAUCAAGGAAUUUGUAAAACUUGAAUUAUGAGGUUCUCAGUAGCUGAGGGCAGACUUGAGUCAAGGAAAGCUGGUGGGCCAGUCUUGUCUGACGUGAUCUCUUCAAAGCCAGGAACAAGAAUGACUACACGUUCCUUCAGGUGCAGCAAGCCUUGCUGAACUGCAAAUGGGCAGAUGAUGUCACAGUGCAAGAUCGUAACCUGUCCUAUGCUCCAUAAUAAGGAGAUCAGACUUUCUGAAUAUCAGUGAUUUCUAAAGUUCUAAGCCAGCUCCAUCAAAUUUCUUUUGUAGGCCUGCUGAAUAUUGUACACAGAAAACCAACCAGAUGCUAGGGCUAGUUAUGAAUUCUUGUUAUUCUUGUGUGUGAAGAAAUGGAUUAAUGUUUUCCCAACCUUUUCAGCAUGACCGAUAGAUUCCACUUCUGUCUGUAACUUGGCUGAGUCAUUCACAGAGGUUUUCAAAAAAUCUUUUUAAUAAAUAUGUUGUCAUGUUGGUUAAGGGCCUAGUCAUUGUUGUGGACGUUCAUACUUCCGCAGUGAUGUCAGUGAACAUAAUUUAACUUCUGUAAAACUGCUGUCUACCAACAGCCAGAAAUAGUUACAUCGGUCACUUUUAAGCAAUAACUAUGCUGAAGGAAAAAAACCACUCAGUUACAUAUGUGAUGGGAACACAAUAAGAUGCCUGAGUAUUUGGUUUAGGGAGUGAUAAAUUUUAUUUCUAGAAUCUUCCAUAGAUAAAUGUUUGUUACCCUUUUUAAAGGAUUGUGAUCUUUAGCCUUGCGAAUACCUAGUCAUGUGGACUGAGUAGUUAGUUAUACAGACUAAAGGAUAAUGAAUGCCCUUUUCAUUUGCCACAUUUUAUUCCCUAUGUACCCUCUUGUGUGAGGAUGGGCUUUUUUUUUUUUUUCUUGAAAGAAAAAUCUCCAGCCAGUUAUUUUACUUUUAUAUUUCUGAAGAAGAAGCCUUUGUGUCUCAAACCCUGGCCAUGUGCUGUUCACUCUUUGCAAUUCAGGUAAUUAAUUCAGCAGUGACAUCAUCGGGAAUGUGUUCAUUUUUCCAUUUCACAUUCCUCUUUUCAGAAUCUCAUGGCUAACUCAUAUUAAGAACACAUUUUGAAAGACUCAGUUCUCAAAGACAUUGUGUGUUAAUUUAAACUUUACCCACUUUAGUAGUGUAAGAGGGGGUUUUUAUUCCAGGGAAAGUUACCUGUCCACUGUAAUGAAGAAGAUCCAAAAUUUUUGGUAAUUUUGAUCCUGAUUCUGUCAGUUGGUUGAUCAAUUAUUACUUAUUGAGCACAAUUGAUCAAUUGAUAUUUACUGCACAGUGAAAGAUAGCAGUGGUAGGAAUGAAGGUUUGUAUCAUUGAAUCCUUAUGUUUUAUAAAGCCAAAAAUGUCAAACCCUUAAAUCUUUUCUGUUCUUCAUUCCAGCUAUAUUUUAUUAUUUAUUUUACUUUGACUGUUCAACUCUGUCUCUACCUCCAGCUGUUCUUGGUAAGUACUUGGGUAGACAAAUAGUCCAAAUAGUCCACUGCUUUUUAACAGUGACUUUUAUGCUGUUUUGACUGUGACUCACCCUACAAUUUAUUUUUUGUCUUACCCAGAAGACGUGUAUGCAUACAAAUGGGCAGAUAGGUAUACCUACAAAUAACUGAAGUAAAACAGAUACUUCACCAUUAAUACAUUUGAUGUACUCCAAUAGCUUCUAUUUUAUUCUAGUAGUCCUAUUUCAUUAAAUAAUGCUUUCUCUGUUGAAUAAUUAAUUUCAUGGACCACCAGUGAAUUGCAAUCCAGUUUGAAAAACACUACUUUAAAAUGAAUACUUCAUUGAACGUAGAUGUAGGAACUUAUAGUCUAUGGGCCUAAGACAUGGUACUUUCUGAACCUAUUUAUGUUUUUCUUAAAAAUCUUUUUGGUUCCAAGUUCAUUUUCAUUUUGUGUGAUUUCUUAUAGCUGACCGAGAAAAUUCCUAAUUUUCCUCUUCUCCCUUGCCAUUUUUGGUAGGACCAUGGCUCUCUAGACCUUUCUGUACUCAUUGAUGAGUUAAUGACUGGGGCAAAGUAAAUGAAACACUUCUAAGUAAUUACUACUGAAAGUAGUGACAUUUAGUAAACUAGGAGGAUAUGAAAGUUAUAUAGAUGCACUGAAGAGUGGAAAGUAGAUUCUAAGAGAGGUUAUUGAACUUUUAAUACUGCCCUCCAGCAGUAUAUUCCUGAAGGUCCUGAAUUUCCUUCAGCAAUCUGUAGCCGCUAUCAUUGUAUGGAAGGCUCUCAGUGCUGCUUCUGAUUUUUAAAUGAGAAUUGACUAAGAGUAUAAAUUCCUGAAUUGGAUGUGGUCAUUCUUUUUUUCCUACUCCCUUCCUUUUCUCUCCUUUCUUUCUUUCCUCUGUGUCCUGUUCAUAUUUACUACUCAUAUUUUGAAUGUCAUAGCCAUUAAUUUACAUUUAAAGUGAUAUGGCCAGUCCUUUCACUCUAUAAACUUAGAAAAUAUUAUUUUAAUUUUUGAGAACAUUUUAUAAAAUAUAAAAAUGAAAAGUUAAGACAUUUAUAUCUCUAAUUAGAUAGCAAAGGGUUUGAAUUCACAGAUAAAACAAAGUCAGAGUUUCUAUUAGGUGAGCUCCCUCAUGUUCAUUACAUUAUCUUUUCUGAAUGGUCUUUGGAAGAAUGGUCUUGAAGAAUCUCUGCAGAGGACACUAAAUUGUAUUCAUAUUUUUCAAUUGGUAUAACUCAUAAGUGAAACCUCUUUUAUUUCAUCUUGUUGGUGAUUAUAUUGCUUAAGUAACAUUUGUACAUCUUGGUGUUCAGAAUAAAUAUAUUCAUUUUCUUAGAAUUACAACGUUAGGCCUUGGGAGUACCCAAGUGAAUAGGUCUGCACAUACUAGUUAUUAGGUGUAACCUCCCUAACUUUCUCCUCCACAUUUCAAUAAUGAGGAAUUAUCUCAGUUAUGUUUCUGUGUAACUUCCGUUGUAAAUUCUAUGAAUUUGUUAGUUUCAUGAAUAAAGUUAUGGAACCACAGAAAUGAUCAAACUCUACCUUGUUAUGGGUUAUCAUAUCAUGAUAUAGUAUCCUCCAGUUUCAAUUUGGAGAAAUAAUAUUGUACACAUCCAAUAUAUUUCCUCUAUAAUAUCCUCCAGUUUCACAGGCACAUGUUUGCACUUUCCUCUUGUUAAAAUUGCAGACAAGAAUAAUUUUGAUUUAUUGGUGACAUCUAAUAUAGCUGUGUUUAUAUUGUUGCCAAUAAAAAGACUUACAUGAUUGGUUUUUGUUUAUACAAUCUUUUCUGAGGAGUCAGUCACCUGUGUUAGGACAAGGUACAUUCUGCUUAUUUAAAUGAACUCCUAGGAUCUAAGAACAUUCAGCUCUAUCUGUCCUUGAUUGAAUUGCAAAAUGUGCUUCACACUGCAGCCGUGCAUGAGAAUAACUUAUAUUAUCUAUCAGUAGGCUUUUCGUUUCUAUAUUCUUCUGGCUACAAAAGCUGUAACAAGAGAAGCCCAUGGGAAUAGCACGGGCCUAUUAACAAUCAAGGCAGCGAUGUUGAAAAGGCGGCAUUAAUGAAAUUAUACAGUCAUGAACCCGAAGGGAAAAAAUAAAAAGGAUCAAUAAAAACUCUUAUUGUAGAUAGCUUAGACAGAUAUAUAAGAAGUAGAGUCAGAAGCAGUUUGUUUGCUGGCCAGUAUUUUGUGCCUCAUUAUCGGGUUUUCUAUGCAGAGUAAGAAGUGCUUGUGGCAUAAGAAAUGGAAAAUGUAACAAAGGCUAAAUGUAGCCUAAGGAAAUGAAAUGAUGUAUGAAAAUUAAUAAUUAACUGGCUCAUCAGAUGAAUUAUGACUCUAGAUGAGUCUAUUAAUGAUAUUUACUAAGAAAGGGCCUUUGGCUGUAAAUAGGCAUUAUGGAAGUCAUGUUCUUGAAAUUUUCUGGAAUGGAUGAGUUAACAUUGCUUUUCGUUUGUUUAAUCUUUUAAUCCAUGACAAGCAGUGCCUGGAGCCUUGGGUAGAAGGUAGAGUCAUGAUUUUAUAUUUUGAUUGAAGUCAUGCUUUUUCAGAAAACUCAUGGAAUUACUAAAUGGUUUUGUGCCUUAGUUUCCUUAGGGGUUAAGUAAUUUUCUCUCUGACCUGAUUUACAGAAGUGUGUUUGAAGAGUUUGAAAGUGGUCAAAAGGGAAGAUUUAUUAACUUUCAUGCUGACUCAUAUUAGCAGAAUUAACAUUUUCCUUGUAGGAACCAAUGUAGUAUUAAAACUCUAAAUAUGUCACUAUGUCAGAUCCGAAAUAUCCUAAAUUUUUACCUCUGGACGCUCCUUGCUUUUUCUUCUUCUUGUUUCUUUUGUUUUUGUUGUUGGUAGCCUGGGGGAGAGUAGUUGGAUGGAGAACAGAGGAGAAAAUGCUGACUAGAAUAUUGUGAUUGGAUUUUUAACUAGAAAGGUGCUCUUCCAAUGGAAUCCCAUCAGUUAAGUUUUCGACACUGAUUAGUUGUGAUUUUACCUUUUUGACAAAAUGUAUUCUUCAUGGUUAGCAUUACCAUAGACGCAUUGCUGAUGGGCAAGCCUUUGUAUCAGCUUUCACUUUGAUGGGGGUAGUAGAGAAUGCUAUUGUUUUUUGCUUCCAUGUCUACCCUCCAGAUUUAAAUGCCAUAAGUAUAAAAUCUACAUAUUUAUUCUUGAGUAUAGCAAAUGGGUGUUCUUGAUAGUCUUUUCUAAAUUGCCUGGAAUAACAGAAUUUCAAGAGACCAUAGUGAAUAGAUCCAAAUUUCUCAAACUUUUAUGGAUGAAAAACUGUAAGUCCAGAGAAGUUAUAAAUGAUUUGUCAGAAGUAGAACCCGGGUAUCUUGACUUUUUGAGUGCCAUUUCACUCAGACUCUAUGAGGGCUUUUCUUAAAAGUUAUAAUAGCAUUUUAUCCCUUUUUUCUUACCAAGUGCCUUAGAAUUAUAUCUUGAUCAUAUGGCCUAGCUAAAAAGUAUGCAAAAUAUUAUAUAAAUAGAUGAAAUUUAUUUUUACAUUCUAAUACCUAAUGUUUGAGAAAUCUGUUGGCAUAAUUAAUGUGAAAAGUGGAAUAUUAGCCAUAUUUUCAUGUUUAGUUUCUUUUAUUUUUGUCUUGAGGCUGGUUUUGCUCAGCUCACAUGCCAUUGGCCUGUUGGUUUUUCUUUAUGGUAUUAAUCACUUUACUUUCUGGCUGUUGCUUUCUUAGUAAUAAAAUUUAAGUACAUUUUGUUGUUGUUCUUACUUUCAAACUAAAACUAUUUAAAACAGGAGUGUAGUUUAUAAAAAAAAAUGAAAUAAAUAUUCAUUGCAAGACAGGCAGGUGUGAAUGCCUGAUACUUAAUUAAGUUCUCAGUGCUCUAAUUAUUUUUCCUUCUUGCAAACUCACCUUCUUAAUGAUCAUGCCUAAUGCUAAGUACCUCCUUAUGUGUUUUUAUCCAGGUUUUUGAUGAGAAUUCCUGCUCGUAUAUGAUCUUGCUGCCAAAAAAUGACUCCCUUAUUUUUAAAAACCUGGAAAUGGGCACAGUCUGAAAAUCUGCAGACACUUGUCACUUGGACCGUGGUCUUACUGACUUAUAUUUCCAGUCAUGUUGAACAAUUCUUUAUUUUAAAAAAUUGGCUAAUAUGACAUAUUUCUUUUGCCUUUUUUUGGCGGGGGGUUUCUGCUGAAUAAGUGCUUUCUUCUGCAGGAUUCAGAGUGCUCAGAAAACACUAUUUUAUCAAUGAGAGGAAAAUAGAUGGCCAAUUUUAUCUGGCAAAGUACAGAGACAUUAAAUGACUAUUGCUCAUGAUCUACCAAUGAAUGGAUCAGCAUACUGACUGGUGACACACAGGAGUUCUCCUACAUAAAUGUACCAUAAAAAGCAUUGGAAUUUUUCCAGUGUAAGAAUUGAGGUUAUCUGGUCACUCCUGCUUUGUACUCAUGGGAGAAGAGGGCAGGAGUGAGACCUGACCUAGAGGAAUAUAGUUGAGUGUUUUCCAGGACUAGAUGGUAUGAUAGUAUUAAAUGUCACAAACUGAUGUAAUUCUUAGUGAAAAUAGAGAAUUACUAAGAAUGAAGAAAACAUUCUAAAUUUUGUAUUGUUAAUUACUUUUGAAUUUCCUCAACAUAGACACACACAGGAAACUUUGCAGAAGGCAUAGUGCUUGAGUUAAAAUUAGAUAUUUUUGAUUUUCUAAAAAUAAAAAGAAAAAUGAACUCUUCACAAAAAGUUUUUCUCCUUGAUAGCCUUUUCUUGAUUAUUUAUGGAGUAAUUUAUUUGGAAGUUGAGCUGAAAAAUGUUUGUUCAACACUUUGAGUGGAUCAUACACAAAAAGUAAGAAUCAUCUAUUUGAGGAUAUCUGAUCACUCCUGCUUUGUACUCAGUCCUUAUUUCCUGUGUUUGUCGAGCUUUGGCUUCUUUCCAUGACUGUCAUCUCUAAAAGACAGAUUGUGACAGUGUCUAUAAUACAUUUGGUGUAGUGGCACAACCAUGGCACUUUACCACCUCACUGCAUACAUUUUGGGGAGCUAUUGGUCAAGGGAGGGAAGGGCCUUCUUCAGUAAUUUACAACCCGGCGUCAUCACGUGGGUGGGUGAUGACAUCCUGCUAUCAUGUUCAGUACUUCUCUUGGUUCUUGUUCUGCUUCCUUAAUGUUAGGAAGCUUUAUGGAACUAUGGUAGAUUUACUGAGUGUCAUGCAUCAUGUACAUACUGGACAGGUCACUUUUAGAAGGGACAUUCUCUCCUUAUGCUCCCCGUAUGGCGUUUUGCACACCCCUUCUCUUUUCUAGGAUUUUAGUAGAAGGUUACAGUAUCGUGGUGUUGAUUCUCUUCCAAUCUCCAUGUCUCAGGAUCAUUAUAGAACCAAUACCCUAAUGCUGCCAUGUAUAUUUGAAUAUAUGGAUAUAUGAAAAUUUUGUGGUAUUCCCAGGCCUAGGUGUUUAUCUUUUUCGAAUCUAGGGACUAUGAAAAGAUAGCUCUUAAAGUGAAAAUCAGAGAUGGUUUAGUGUCCCCAUAGUCUCAUUUAGAAGCCAUGUCUGCUUUGUGGUUGUUUACUGGAACUUUGAAGCAUUGGUCUCACAGCUCAUAUAGGUGGUGCUUUUGGGUUUCCCAAGACCUGCUGUAGCAAAAAUGAACUAGUAUGGAAAGAUCCUCCAGGGAGCAAAAUAAAUUUUGUUUUGCAAGCUGGCACCAGUAGAUUGUUGUAGUUGCCAAGAGCGCUGUAUUGAGAAGGGCUCAGUGGCAAACAAAACAAUGCAGUGGUCCAUAAUCCAUGUCCACCGUGAAUGCAGAAGGGGAGAGUGCCUGCCAAUGAGCCAUGUAUUUGAGGACCCUGUUCUACAUAAAAGGCCAUCUUGCUAAGAGUGCUUCUUUUCUUCCUGAUAUGAAUGAUAUACAGGUUGAAAAACUCACCAUAUCUUAUUUUCAUUUUUGCUUUUAAAAAUGCCUGCAUUUAUUUUUUUAAACAGGCUUAUAACCCACACCAUGGAUAACUUAUUGGACUUUGCCUGAAAGGAGUCAUUAGUGACAUUGGAUAUUUGACCAUCUUGGCCACAGGUUUUUCAGAAUGAAUGGAAGAUCAUGCAGCAUGAGUCUCCACCGGACAUCGGGAACCCCACAGGGGCCUAGGAUGGUCAGUGGCCACCACAUUCCUGCCAUCCGAGCCCACUCCGGGACUCCUGGCCCCUCGCCCUGUGGCAGCACAUCAAGCCCCACUAUGGGAAGCCUUGCUAACAACCUCCAUCUCAAGAUGCCCUCAGGAGGAGGGAUGGCUCCUCAGAACAACGUGGCUGAGAGCCCCAUUCAUCUGCCUGCCUUAAGCCCCAGGAGACAAAUGCUCACCAAUGGGAAGCUGCGAUUCCAGGUCACCCAGGCUGGAGGCAUGUCAGGGUCACAUACUUUAAAGCCAAAGCAGCAGGAGUUUGGAAGCCCUUUUCCUCCAAAUCCUGGGAAAGGGGCUCUUGGCUUUGGGCCUCAGUGCAAGUCCAUUGGAAAAGGCAGCUGCAACAAUCUAGUGGUCACCAGCAGUCCCAUGAUGGUUCAGCGACUGGGACCCAUUUCACCUCCAGCAAGCCAGGUCUCUACAGCAUGCAACCAGAUCAGUCCUAGCUUACAGAGGGCAAUGAAUGCAGCCAACCUGAAUAUACCUCCUUCAGAUACCAGGUCCCUUAUUUCGCGUGAGUCUUUGGCGUCCACGACUUUGAGUCUGACGGAAAGUCAGUCGGCCUCGAGCGUGAAGCAGGAGUGGUCUCAUGGCUACAGGGCCCUCCCUUCGCUUUCCGCCAACCACAGCUCUCAGAAUGGCAUUGAUCUAGGGGACCUCCUUAGCCUUCCUCCCGGGACAUCCAUGUCCAGCAAUAGUGUCUCUAACUCAUUGCCAUCCUACCUUUUUGGCAUGGAAAAUAGCCACUCUCCUUACCCUAGUCCUCGGCACUCAUCCACCAGGUCCCACUCGGCCCGCUCUAAGAAGAGAGCACUGUCCCUGUCCCCGCUGUCGGAUGGCAUCGGGAUAGAUUUCAAUACCAUCAUCCGCACGUCGCCCACGUCGUUGGUGGCCUACAUCAACGGGUCGAGGGCUUCCCCGGCCAACAUGUCCCCGCAGCCAGAGGUCUACGGGCAUUUCCUGGGCGUGCGCGGCAGCUGCAUUCCCCAGCCGUGCCCGGUGCCCAGCAGCCAGAAGGGCGUGCUGGUGACCCCUGGAGGCCUGGCGCUGCCGGCCUACGGCGAGGACGGGGCCCUGGAGUACGAGCGCAUGCAACAGCUGGAGCACGGCGGCCUCCAGCCAGGCCUGGUCAACAACAUGGUGGUGCAGCACGGCCUGCCGGGUCCCGACAGCCAGCCGGCCGGCCUGUUCAAGACCGAACGCCUAGAGGAGUUCCCGGGCAGCGCCCUAGACCUGCCCCCCGCGCCUCCUCUCCCUCCUCUGCCGCCGCCCCAAGGUCCUCCACCCCCUUACCAUGCCCACCCGCACCUUCACCACCCGGAGCUCGGGCCCCACGCCCAGCAGCUGGCCUUGCCCCAGGCCGCCCUGGACGACGACGGGGAGAUGGACGACGUCGGGGGCAAGCAUUGCUGCCGGUGGAUCGACUGCAGCGCCCUGUACGACCAGCAGGAGGAGCUCGUGCGGCACAUCGAGAAGGUGCACAUCGACCAGCGCAAAGGGGAGGACUUCACUUGCUUCUGGGCCGGUUGCCCUCGAAGAUACAAGCCCUUCAACGCCCGCUAUAAACUGCUGAUCCACAUGAGAGUCCACUCCGGGGAGAAGCCCAACAAGUGUACGUUUGAAGGUUGCAAGAAGGCCUUUUCAAGGCUUGAAAAUCUCAAGAUCCACUUGCGGAGCCACACAGGCGAGAAGCCGUAUUUGUGCCAGCAUCCGGGUUGUCAGAAGGCCUUCAGUAACUCCAGCGACCGCGCCAAACACCAGCGGACGCAUCUGGACACUAAACCUUAUGCUUGUCAAAUUCCAGGAUGUACCAAACGCUACACAGACCCAAGUUCCCUAAGAAAGCAUGUGAAGGCACAUUCUUCCAAAGAUCAACAAGCAAGGAAAAAGUUGCGGUCCAGCACAGAGCUCCAUCCAGACCUGCUCACGGAUUGCCUCAGCGUGCAGCCCCUACAGCCGGCCACUUCCCCUAGAGAUGCUGCUGCUGAAGGGACCGUGGGACGCUCCCCAGGACCUGGGCCUGACCUCUAUUCAGCUCCCAUUUUCUCCAGCAAUUAUUCAAGCCGAAGUGGAACAGCUGCUGGGGCCGUGCCACCCCCACAUCCUGUCAGUCACCCUUCUCCAGGACAUAAUGUACAGGGGAGCCCCCACAACCCCUCCUCCCAGUUACCUCCACUCACAGCUGUGGACGCAGGAGCUGAGAGGUUUGCACCUUCUGCUCCAUCUCCUCACCAUAUCAGCCCCCGGAGAGUUCCGGCUCCUUCUUCAAUACUGCAAAGAACACAGCCUCCCCAUACCCAGCAGCCAUCGGGUUCACACCUGAAGUCCUAUCAGCCAGAAACAAACUCUUCUUUUCAACCAAAUGGUAUCCAUGUCCAUGGAUUUUAUGGGCAGCUGCAGACGUUCUGCCCCCCACAUUAUCCCGAUUCCCAGAGAACUGUGCCGCCUGUCAGCUCCUGCAGUGUGGUGCCUUCCUUUGAGGACUGCCUGGUCCCUACAUCCAUGGGCCAGUCCGGUUUUGAUGUUUUCCACAGAGCCUUCUCGACUCACUCGGGCAUUACAGUGUAUGAUUUACCUUCGAGUUCCUCGAGCCUUUUUGGGGAGUCUCUCCGUGGUGGGGCUGAAGACGCCACCUUCUUGCAGAUCAGCGCUGUGGACCGCUGUCCCAGCCAGCUCUCCUCUGUCUACACCGAAGGCUAAAAGCUCUCUUGGCCACUCCUGCACACCCAGGACCUUGAUGUUGCUUGCUACCUUUUGUUUUUGUACUCUCACAGACUGCAUGAGGAAGGAUGUCAGCCCAAUCAGCGGGACCUGCAGAGUUACUGAUGUUCUUUCGGAAGGCAGGACUGAAUGGCAGAGUUAGCUUUGCAGGAAUCAUUGCAGUUGCUCCUUUUUCUCUCUGGGUUUCCUGGACUAGGUGACCAGCAGGACUAUCUUUUCAAAGGGAAUUUAGAGCCUCACUUUACUGGAUACCUGUUACUUCCUGGCUGUCAACACUUAAAGGACACCAAUGAAAUGAUGUGCAUGUGAAAAUGUAGUAUGGGGAUGACCCUGUCUGAAAACUCCAAACAGGGAAAAAGACCUCAAUUACCAGAGGCAUAGUGACCUGCCUCACCUAAUCCUCGCCCUCACUGCUCCUGAUGCAAAGCCAGGCACAACAAGGGAAAUCCAUGUCCAAAGCAUAGUGUGGUCUCAACUCUUAGAAACUCCCUGGGUUUCCCUUUUCUCUUAGCCACAUGCUACCCAGUUGCUUCUCGGUGUUUCUUCAGUAGCAGAGUAAGGUUUUAUAUGCCAGCAGCCUAUCUUUGUUUUUGCAUUUUAAAGACUUGUUAUUUAUACGUACUUUAAAAUGAAAAAAAAUAUGUAAAUGUCUGUUCUUUGGAUGGAAAUCAUUAUUAUUGUAAUCACCCCAGCUAUAGACAUUUUGCACAGCUGUGGUUCCGCCUGGCCCCACCUCUGGCAUGUUAGUUUUGCAGUUAGCAAAGGCUACCUGAGGGAAAUGGAGUGGGCACCUCCCGCACCAACAGUCCUGUAGCUGGAACCUUCCUGGGUUGACUGUUUAGUGACUCCACCUCAAAGACCUUGUUCAAAGAAAAACACUGUUUGACUGGUUUACGCAUUGCCUCCACUCUGGUGCUGUGCCCAGAGAAGUGCCAGAUGUGAGAACCGGGACAGACUGAGUCGUAUGCCGGCUUCCCUUGGAAAACCAAACCUAGUGAUGCUUGACUUCCAGUGCACAGAUUUUACUAACGUUUUUCAGGAUAUCCACUCAUCUGUCUGUCUCUUCCCUAUACUUCUCUCCACCCUCCUUUUGCAUCCCUCUUACCCUCUUCCUGACUGUCAUUCAGGUACCCCCCUCCCCCCACCGCCGUCAUUGUCUGAUCAUCUUGGGAAGGAAGAGGUGACAGUUCUCAAAAAGUCUACAGAAAGAAGCAAUUCUUUUUCUGAGUUCCAGGUUUGAAGGCCUGGAAUUUUCCCAGAGCAUUUGGUCGAAAAUAUCAAGCCUAAAUAGGAAGUCAUUUUCUGUGACACCUCUUGCAGAUCCCAAGUCCUAGGGCAUCAGCUAUAAAAAUUGGCCAGUCCCAAAGAUACAGUAAGUUCUAACAUUCUGGUACAAUCAUAUUUCAAGUAUUUUUUCUCACUUUUUAAAAAUGUUUUUCUGAACAAAAGUGAAACAAUGCCAUUUGUCAAACUGAGAUCAUUACAAUCUUCAACAAGACGACUAAAACAGCUUGAUGUUAGAUGGGAUUCUGUGACAGUUUGUAUAUUGACAGGUCCUUCCAGUCUCCCUCCACAGUCCCACAAUCAGAAGUAUUCUACCUGAUUCCAGAGUUCAUUCCAGCAUGUAGUAGAAUGAGGUGAAUGAGGAACCAAAUAUGGGUUUCGUUUUCACAGUGCACUUGGUCAAUCUAGUUUCUCUGAGUAGUGGACUAUAUUCUAAGAAAAGCUUUCAUGUAGACGUCAAAGUCUGCAAAAGAGGUGAGUUAGCCACUUUAGAAAAACCAGCUCUGCUUUACAAAAGAUGCACAUCAGGCUUCCUUUACAAGUGAACUCCAAGGCUGCUUGUAAAGUACCACCCUUCUUGCAGCUUUGUGGGUCGUGUCACUUGGCCUAAGCAAGUGGCCUAACGUAUGCAUGCUCACAGCUGGUAGCAUCCCUCAUGCGUCCUUUGUCAUACUCUGGAAAGAAAGAAAAACUCUGCUAUCUUCAGAGAGACCAUCUAUUCAUACUUAAAUAGGGAAGUCUUUACAAGGAACUCAAAAUACAUUUCAUUUCAUUUGUACAAUGAGAAAAAAGAUGAAAAGGCAAGGUUGUUAUUGCAGUUGACAUUGUCAGUCCUGCCUUUUGGCUUUAUGUAAUUUAAAGUAGAAAGGGGGAAGGAGGACAAAACAGAAGCUGAACUUUAGAAACCAUGGACAUUACCUCCCUCUUUAAGAGGAGCUGCUUGUGAACCAGGCUCCAGUCUUCCGGUGGCCUCUCACAGUAGCCCUGCCCCUUUCUUACCUCACGGGGGCUAGAGGGAGUCUAUAGAGGGCCUAAGCAGUAGAGGCACCUGCAGCCCUCCUUCCUCAGCAGGAAAUCAUUGUGGAGCCCCUGAGGGACAUUUGCAUCUCAGAGAGAGCGUGCAGGCAGCAGGACCCAGUGCAGCCCUGCUUCCUGCACCAUGGGUCUUUCCUGAUAGCUGCAGGCUUGAGAUUGUGGCCUCAGGAUAGGACACGUUCAGAUGCCUUCCAGACUACAUACUAUGCUUAGAUUCUAGAGUCUUUCCUGACCUUAAAAUUUGUCCCUUGCUUACUUUCACACUGCAGAAGAUUUAUAUAUACUUUCAUCAGUAUUUUUGCAGUAGUACAAGUGGAAGCUUAGAAAAAAUCAUUCCCUUUCACGUCCUGGUUUUUUAAGUCUUGAUAUGCAGCCAUUUUCAUAAACAUCCAAACAGAGAUUGUCAUUCCCCUUAAAAACAGAAACAAAACAAAAAACUAGUGCUUGUGAAAACACACAGCACAAAAACAAUUAUCCUAUUGCAUUUAAAAAAAUCAGUCUGCCUAGAGAUAGUUCACUGGCUGCAUUGUCUUAAUUCCCUAACAAAACUGCAUCAAAGUGUCAGUUAUAAUUUAGCCUCUGAUCAGCUGUUAAAUAUUAUUUAAAUAUUUACUGGUCCUGUGGGGUAUCUCCCAGUACCCACGUCUCCCUCAAAUUACAUAAGCGAUAAUAAAGUAGAAAAAAAUAAGGUCUUUAGUAGAUCACAGCAGAGUUACCACUGAUAACAGAGUGUUGGCUUUGUUCAGUUGUUUCUAAAUUACCAGCCAUCAAGCACAGUAGCACCCUAAAACCAAUUUUGAGCAAGGAUAAAUUCAACUCCCUCAUCCGAGAACCUGACUUUCCGGUUGCCUUGAAGUAUUGGGAAUAGCGACUGUACAUGUUCAGUUUAAUUAUUCGGUAUUUUAUUUGACUCUCUUGGCCAUGUCAUUUUAUAGAAGCAUUUUUAAAUAGCACUUUUUGUUAGUGGUAUGGAAUUUCUGCGGUAACAUUUUUUUUUUUUUUUUUUUUGGCAAAAAAAAAACAAAAAAAAAAAAAAAAAACACUCAUUGGAGAAAUAGUGAGUGUAAAAAAGAAGAGAUUUAUUUUGUACAGACAGCAAAGUAUCCUGUGUAAUGUUGCUGACAUAAAGCACUUUGGGGGAAAAAAGUGGAAAUCUGUUUUCCAUAAAUCACACAGACUCUUGUACAUGGUUAUAUACACUCACGUAGAGAAAUGAACUGCAUAUAUCAUACUGGAUAUGGGGCCGAUUUUACUCUAGAGGCACAUCUGGUGCUUAUUGUCAUAAAUCUUUUAAAGAAUUAGGUACACUUUUUUCUAUUAAUAUGUAUAGUUUUGUGAUUUGUCACAGUUAUGUUUCAUAUAAUCAUAAGUUAUUUUGUCUUGUUCAUGAAGUCCUUUUUUUAUGUCAAAAGUAAAAUGAAGGGAUUGUGCACUUGGUACAGAAUAAAACUGGAAAUAGAGGAGACACCCUCCUGCCUAAAAGCCUCCUUCAGCCUGUCGCUUUAAAACACGAUGGCAACCAUCAUUGUUUGUUUGUUUGUUUGUUUGAUUAUUUUGUUUUGUUUUACCAUCAGCCUCCUACAUACUGGGAAUGGUAAUUAAAAUUAAAGGCAGAUGAUGGGGGAGGGAAUGUUCAAGUCCAGCUUUAAAAUGCCGCAUUGCUUUGGGCCAGAGCUGCAGCCUGGAUUUAAUUAUAGAUAUGAGGACGAAAUGGCAGUAAAAAUGAAUGUCUCCCUGAAUCCUUUACAUGUUGGGAGUGUCCAUAAAUAAAACAUGAAGUUUUAUUUCAUCAGAUUUAAUUAAAGCUUUUAUACAUG